AUGGCCGAAGAAUUCCAGGAGGAAGUGCUCGAAGACCAGCCUGCCAACCCCGGCGGCGAUGUCGAAAUGGGCGAAGGUGAAGGGGCUGAAGGCGCGGCCGCGGCAGAGAACGGCGGCGAGCUGCCUUUCGCUGAGGGUGGUGAGGGUGCUGACUCCGAGCCGCGAACUACCUUCAUCAGCUACCUCAGCAGUCCCGUCGUGACUAUGCUCGUUGGUAGCGGCGAGACCGAGACAAUCCUUACUGCGCAUCAAGCCCUCCUCACCCAGAGCCCUUUCUUCGCCGACGCAUGCGCCUCAUUUGCCGACGAUGGAAGUCCGCGACAAAUUGACAUGCAGGGCGACGAGAUUGAUGCCGUCGGCUGCUUCCUCGAGUACCUCUACACGGGCGACUACUUCCCCAAGAAGUUGCCCGGCCAGCGCACGCUCGAGCAGGACCCCUCCCUCCCCUCGGUCGACGAGACGGGCGUCCAGCUCCUCAAGCACGCGCGCGUCUACACGCUCGCCGAGAAGUUCGGCAUGGAGAAGCUCAAGAGUCUCGCUAGCAGCAAGAUCCACUGCGUCAAUUCGACAGCUAAGGGCGAGAUCACCUAUGCCCGCUACAUCUACCAGUACACCAGCAAGGACGACACCACCGUUCGUGCUCCGGUCGCCAACUUCUGGGCCACGCGUAGCCACACCCUCCGUGCCGAGGCCGAGGAGGAGUUCCGCAACCUUUGCUUGGAGUUCCCCCAGUUCGGUUACGAUGUACUCACCCGCGUUCUCGACGAGAAGCUCAAGCGCGAACGCAACGAGAAGAUGCACCCGGCCACGGGCAGCGUGCGCAAGCGAGCCCGUCACAGCAACACUUGA